AUGACUUGGCACGCCCAACUUGCACUGGUGCUGGGCUUGGUCUGUCUCGCAUCAGCCAAGUGCACCGGCAUGUCAGACGACUGCUCCUCCAACCCCAUCCCCCUACGCCAAUUCAACCCCCUUAACUUCCACGCUACAACGUGCAACCUCAAGUGGAAUAACGGCUGCACCAGAAACAAGAACGGGCAGCUACAGCAAAAGCCUCCUCCCUUCUUACUAUGCAAUUCUGGGCAGUUCCCCUCCGGACUGAUCCCCGUCGACGCCUAUACACUGGCGAUGCAGACGAGGGACGCUGGCUCUACACAAAAGUCGGCUAAGUACACGCUGCACGGUCUAUGGCCUAGCUCGGCAGGCGGCAAUGGCGCAAGGGAUCAGCCCCACGGGUGCCUCAACGGGGAGGAGUUCGAUGAGAGCAUCCUCAAGACAUUUGGCGACCUGCUGAGCUACUUCUGGCCGACGGACCCAAAGUUCAGAAACACAAUGCAAUGCUUCAUAUUGUCGGAGUGGAUGAAGCACGGCACCUGCGCCGUCAUCCCCGGCGCAGACGGUAACGCAUUCCGCCUCUCGCAGGAGGCUUACUUCCGCACGGCGUUUGUGCUUGCGAAUGAGUUCAAUGCCAACGCCGCGCUGCGCCAGCAGCUUGACGAACCGGGUUCGGAAGAUCUGGAGUCGAAUGUCAGCACCGGCUGUGUGCAGUGCGCGUAUCUCGCAACGGUGGACUGGGAUGGGACUGAUGUACAGAGUGUGCCGCGCAUGUCGGGUGAUUGCGUUAAUCAGUGCUUUGCGUGCGGUGAUAGCUGGGAUAUAUGCCCGCCGGCGCAGCUCAACAGCACUGUAGAGCUUGACCCUAGCAACGCACCGGUGGACACGAGCGACAGUGGAACUAACAGCGAUGGACUGGCCAACUUCGCGGUGCUGGACUUCGCUAUGCCAGGCUUUAUCAGCAACAACACUUCACCCUGGGAAGGCACGUGGCGUUCAUUCGGUGCCGAGCAGGGCGGAUCUGGCAAGUUCCAGUUCGCGCAAACUUUUACUGACAAGAUCUUGACGGUCACUACUGACAGUCCGUACCCCCAGACGUGUAGCUACGAGCGGCUUGGGCCGAAGGAGCUGGUUCUGCGAUGCGGUGGCAAUCGUCUCGAGGAGUGCCUGGUGCAGCGAUUACCAGAUAUCGGCGGUCUCGAGGCGGCCUUCUUGGCCUGCAAUCACACUGGUCAACCGGCGCCAGCGAGCUUCUACACUGCGAUGGACACACCUGGGUGCGGUAACUUUCUCAUGUUCCGCUGUAAGGCGUCGGCCGAGGGAUGUUCCUUUUCCCCAGAUGCUACCUCAGCGGCGUCCAAGUCUAAGACCAAGACCAAAUCUGGCUCUGACUCCGAGCCUAGCCUUGUUAGCCACUCCCAGCCUGGCAUUGCCGGGGCACCGACUAAGCUGCUGGGCCUAUGGCGUUCACUCCAGGUAUCGAGCCACUAUGAAGAGGGCCUCGCGAACUGGAGCUUUACCUCCGAUGGCCAGGCGUCGGUGAAGUGGCCCAAUCACCCUGAGCGGGGCGUGGAACGCUACUCAGUCUCUCACUCCAGAGAAGAUCCCAGCAAGGUACUCCUCGCCACCGCCAGCGGUGCGAUCACGACCUGUCGCUUCAUGUUCCAAUACCAGCCAGUAUAUUCCUACGCCGUGCUCGACUGUACAGCUGGAGAUAAGAAGACGCAGUGGGCAAUGGGACGGUGUAAUCCAUGCAGCGCCGAGUGUCGCUACUCAUGCAGUGCCGAGAACGACAACUGCGGCGCCGGAUCGUGCGACCCUUCUGAGUCAUCGUCUGCUGGUGCCCUGCCCUCACCUCAAGGUGACAGCAACCAUAGGUGGUGCACUCCCGAGGACUCCAGCUGCUGGCCUACCAAGACGGCGAUUGACAAGCUAGAGAAGGCUCUGGACCCUGCAGUACCCCGACUUGGCGUCCAGUGGAGCAACUAUCCAGCACCGCAGCCCGCGCCAGUCCCAACAGGUUCUAUCAACAACCAGGCCUUCUAUGGCUUGGGUAGUAAGGGUCUUAAAGCGCUGUACUAUUACGAGGAUAUCGCUGAGAUGCAGCGCCCGUGCUUCAACAUGAAAGACGGCGUUAAUAUUUGGAACACAGCCUCUGAUAUGUGCAAGGCAGCAUUGCACCAGAAUGAGUACCGCAAUUGGAACCCCUUCAUCGUCGUCUUCCCUCUUAACCAGCGCCAUAUAACUGCAGCUCUCAAAUUCGCCGCGCAGCAUCGCCUGUGCAUUGCAACAGCUGGUACUGGCCACGAGUACAACAGCCGCAACUCAUGCCCGACAGGCGGGAUCCUCAUCCGCACAAUCCUGCUCAAGAACAAGGAGUUUCUUCCCACUUGGAGCGAGGACCCAGCCUUGGCUCCCGCGGGUGCGUUCCGCUUUGGCGCAGGCUCCAUCUUUGCUGAGAUUCAUGCCUUCUCUGCCAAGUACGACCGUGUCGUGGCGUCGGGGUGGUGCUCUACCGUUGGCAUGACAGGCUACCACCUCGGCGGCGGCCACGGUCCUUUUGCACCCUCCAUGGGCCUCGGCGUCGAUAACGUGCUCGAGAUUGAAGUUCUACAAGUCGGUCGCAGUAUUCACGGCCAAACUGUCGUUCACAAGAAGACCGUCAGUCGUCGUAAGAAUCCACAGCUCUUCUGGGCCAUGCGCGGUGGUGGCGGCGGUGUCUGGGGCGUCAUUCUCUCUAUGACGAUCCGUGCUCACGCUGUGCCUGACGGGGGCCUCAGCCGCGUCUUUAUAUCCCAGAACGGCACGUUUUGCCCUGGUUCAAAGAGCAAGUUUGGCUAUGAAUGGCUGCGCGAGAUGUGGCCUCGCUUCGCUGAGUGGCAGCUGCGCCUCAACUCCAAGGUGAGCACGCAGCCAAGCUUCUUCAUUGAUACCAGCAAGUACAAGAAGGGCGACCUCUGCACGGCCACCUGGACUUUCAACUUUGAGUACUUCUACGCUGGUGGUCAGAAGGAGCAAGACUAUGUUAUGUUCCGUGACAGUCUCAAGGACGUGCUGCAGACAAAGACUAUGCAGGAGGAUAACUUCAACUCGGCGUAUGACUACCUUCUUUCUAUGCCUCCGAACAAGUUCCAAAUCUCCGUCAUGAACCCGCUACCAGCUCCGCACGAGCCCUCCGACGAUGCCACAGGCUCUCAGAACUCGGUCUUCGUCUCGCGCGAGGACAUGGAGACAAAAUUCGCCUCGACCAUGAUGGACGUGCUGGAUAUCUGCGUCAACAGCCUCAAGACUCCCGAUAAGACUUCCCCUGAUCCAAUGGGUUACCGCUGCGGCUUCCACUACCUCUACACGUCGAUAACGGGCAAUCUCAGGAGCGCACAGCCAGGCGACACGGCCAUCUCUUCAGGCUUCCGCUCGGGUCUCAUGCUAUGGAACGCGCGCACGCUAUCGACGAAGCAGUGUGAGGACACGAUCUACAAGCUUGGGUCGAACAGUUAUUUCUCUGAGAGCUCGUAUGUUAUGCAUAACUGGACGGAUAGGUACUGGGGCGAGAAGAGGUAUAAGCAGUUGCUGGCUGUGAAAAGGGCGCACGAUCCGGGGAAUUUGUUCUGGUGCCAUCAUUGUGUUGGUGAUGAUCCUGAUGACGCAUAUGGGAACCCGCUGGGUGUGAAGAAAGCGCAGGAUGUUAAAGUUGAUUCUUAUAAGGACGAACUGUAG